UCUUUGUCAUAUUGGUAUGCUCCGUCAAGCUCAAGUCUAAUGUGGGCCACCGCAACGUCAGGACCAUACCAACUUGUUUAGGUAACCUUAUCAGCUGCCUUGAAUCCCAGCCCGCCGAGGAGAUCAACCUCAAUGACCUCUCCGUGACCCUUGACCUCAUGUGCCUGUCGCUGCCCUCCGACCUGGACGAUCAACCGGCGAUCGGGGACAUGGACGACGAGGACACGUACCGAGGAGUCUCGUUCACGGAGCACUCCCCUCCGGCGUCGCCACACCCUGACCAUCGGCUCCUCAGGGCCAAUACGCUCUCCACUUCGGAUGCAGGAGAGCUAAACAGUGACAUGAUGAACAAUGACAUGAUACCUGUUGGCCAAAGGAAGGCCAUUGAUGAAACAGAAAAAGAGGUGAAGUGGCUGUUGAGGGACGAGAUUGUGUCGGCCAUGUUGCACAUCAAGCGUGUGACCGUAGCAACCCUCGAGAUGGUUGCCCAGCACGUCGAAGACUCUCGGGACAAGCCCAACUGCAAAGCGGAGGAGCUGGCCCUCCAAUUUGUGUUUGGACCAGAGCACAGCCUGGCAAAAUUCACCAGUGAGUUUGAGAGGCUGAGCAUCCCCAGGCAUCAGUUCUGCAAGGUCCAGGACUACUGGUACCUGGCCCUGGACCAGCUUCAUGCAGAGACCCUUAGGAAAGGCCAGGCUCUGAAGACAGCCCUGGAGUCCUAUAACAACCAGCUUCAGCAGCUAGGCCAGGACCAGACGGGAAAGGGGGAUGGGUCCAGCAAGGAUGACCAAGGUUUGAUCAUACCAACGACCACCAUCAUCUACACGCCUCCAUCCCCUGAGAAGCAUGCGGUCAAGAGGACCGGAAGUAAAGAGGGUCAAGGAGAGGUCAAAGGUGAAGUGAUGCCCUCUGUAGAGGCUAACGAUGACCCUCAGGUCAAAGCUCCCCAAAACGCGGAUGAAGGCUCAAAAUCGGGCACCCUAGCCGACAUCGAAGUGGGUGUCGAUGUCACACAGGAGAUCGAAGACGUGGAGGACGAAGCGACGCUGGAAGGCACGACAAUCAUCGAGGACGACACCGAAAUCCACACCAAGGUCGAGAAGGAAGAGGAGGCGAACGCAACCGGUGCAACGGUCGAGGAUGUUGCUAAGCAACGAGAUGGAGAGGCUGCUGAGGAAGAGAGAGGGGAUGAGGGAGGGAUGGAGAAAGAGUCCAAGGAAGAGGAAGAAGAAGAGGAGUCAGAGGUCAGAGCUAGACACGCUGAGGACAACAUCUCAAGAAGCAGCGGCAGCUCUAUACAGGUCCUUUCAGAAGAGACUUUACAAGAAGAUGCCACCAACCUGCUCAUCAGUGAAGCCUCCAUCCAGCUGGGCAUGGAUGAAACCGAUAACGUGGGCUUCCAGCGUUACCAUGGUAACGGCAGGGAAGGCAUCAAUGGCGAGGAAGAGGAGGCAGGGGUGUACAGUGGGGAGGGGUCUGAAGGAGAGAGCACCCUACGGAGGGCGAGUACCAGCUUCGAGGUGCUGACGAGGAUAGGGGACGAUGAUUCCGUCAUCGGAGAGACUGAGAUUGAAUUGGAUACCCCUACCUGUACAUUACCAGCUACUCCUGAACACCAGCUAGACUCCGCUUCGACUGCUACAGCUUCAGGCCCGGAGGACCCCUCAUCUCCGGUGACACACCUCCCGAACCCCUCCUCCCCUCCCCACACCUCCUCCGCCCCCAGCUCUCCUCCCAGGGCUAGGGUGGGGUCAGGGGCGGGGCACAGUAAGCGCCCUACCCAUAGCAGACAGGGGAGCGGGGGCGUGUCCAGUGGACCCUCAAGUCUCUUCCAGAGCUAUGUGAGUCAUAGCGGCAGUGCUGGGGACAACGAUGAAGAAGGUUAUGAUGCCAGUUCAAGUGACAUAGACCAUGAGGAAUCUCACUUGUUUGUAGACGUCUUCAACCAUUCCAUGCCAGGAUUCUGGCUCAUUCUCAAGCUCUGUCGGGACAAAGUCAAUCUCUUCUUCCACACAAGAGAGAGGAAUGAGAGCGGGAAGCUGAUAGAACAGAAGGAUAUCUAUCUGCAGGUUUCAGAGGCCAUCAGGAACACCUGUCGUCUAGUCAACCAGAGGUUACUCCUUCAAGAGCUCGAUAACAAUAAGACAUGUAGUACUCUGUUGGUUGCCGAGAGUGAUGAAGACAUCUGGAAGCAGGAAGACAGCGAGCCUCCGUCAGCCAGAAGAAAUUCUUCAGACGAAGAUGAAGAUGACAAUCGUCAAGGAGGCAAGGGGGACUACCUGGCAGCGCAGCUAUGGUUCAACCAAGGCCACUUUGCAUGUGACCUCGUCUUGAGUCAGGAUCUCCCUGUACAUUCAAGACUCAAACCCUCCCAUAGACCUAACGUACCAUCUAGGGGUUUACAGGCACUCAAGACAGCCCUGGCUGCCUUUGCUGUCCAUGACCGUAAGAACCUGUUUGUCUAUCGAGAGAGUUCAGGGGAGGUCUUCUAUCUCAGGUUAUACGAGUCUACGGUAGUGAGUGGUCACCAGCACACAUCUCGACUGUGCUCCAUCGCCGAGUCUAACCACACGUCUUCCCAACCCAACUCACUGCCUGCCUCUCAGUCAGUCUCGAGAGCAACCUCCAACCAGUCUCUGAAUACCAUCGGCGGUCCUAUCAACCUAGAGGAGGAUGCGGUUUCUAUGGCAACAACAUCAACAGGUGCUCCAUCUAUGGAAUCUCUCCGUGAUUCUGGAGUUGAUGUUCAGUCUAUUACAUCGGCAGCCUCUAAAGCAUCCACCAUACAGGGAGCACAGCACAUCAUCAGCAUUCAAGUGCAUGGCGUCACAAAAGCAGGUCCCGAGAUUCAGCAUGAUCUAGUGGAUCUACUCAACAAGAAGUUAGAGUCGGCUACCCUAGAUGUGAUCGCCGAUAUGCUGGCUAGGAACCCACUCUGUAAACUCACUCCUAAUGAUGUACAGUUCAUUCAACCGAAGAGCAAGCCUCCGACCGAGUCCUUCCAGUUCACGGUGCCCAUGUGGGCUGUUCAAUACCUCUACUCCGUCCGCUACUACCUGCGCCAGAAUCUUCUUCAGAACCCCUUCCUCCACCCUCCCAAGUACAUCGACUCCAAGCCGGACCACCACUUCCAGGACUGUAACUCCUGGAAGGCCGGCAGGGCAGGAUCAGGACCAGGACCAGGAGCUGUCCUGGAACCGUCAGAGAUGGAUGUCUUCCUCUACAACAGACCUCACAAGGCUGAAGGAGGCACAGGUACUGCCUGUGUAGCUACCAGCUUGGUGGAUGGGUGUGGCAACCCAGUGGUACUGGUAGACUGCCCCACCCCUUCCACAUCCUCACAACUCUCCCACGAUGACUUUGAGAACCUCAUCAAUACACAGAUCUACCAACCAGUACAGACCAAGAAACCAGGACCAACAGCUCUGAUCCAGUUCUUUAUCUGGAGGCGUGGCAGUGUGGACCUCGCCCAGCAGCUCCAGCAGGCAGUGGAACACGCCCUCUGUGACACCCUGACAGAGUACUGUGUCCUGACUGCACCCAUGGGACACAUCCCCGGCGAUCAGCUUAGGCCCAGAAGGGAACAUCAGAUGACAUCUCCGCCUUUGUCCCCGACUCUGAUUGUUCGCCCUGAUCCAAACCGACACAUGUCCAGUGAGUCAAGGAAGAAGCCUAUGAGCUCACCAGUCAAUAUGAAGGAGACCACCGUGGAAGGCAAGGCAAGCUGGCAGAUCAUCGAGAUGGAGCGGAGACAGGAGGAGGAGGCGAGGGAGCGUAGCCGGGAGGCCGAGGAGGGGAAGAGAGGCAUCCUGCAUCCCAUGUACUCUGGUCUCGCUCUCCGGUGGUUCCCGUUCAUGGAGGAAUUGGAUGCGCCCUCUGUCAAGGUUCUGAGCGCCAGACUAUCCUGUCGCUUCAGUCUGGGGACAUUCCUGCAGGAGUUCCUUGACAAACUUGGUAAGGUGUGUACAGACUGCACCCACAAGCUCUACCAAGCCAGCGGCCAGGAGUUCAAGUCUUAUGACCCUCCACCCAGUAAGAUCCAGGAGUCUGAUGUGCUCAACUACGGCCAGUCUUUACCAGGAGGUGAAGAGACGUUCAUUCUGAUUGGACGUAAUGUCCACCAAUGGCGUUACAGCUUAGACUCCAGUUCGCUUGACGAACCUCUUCAACCCCCGAACCUCACCAACCCUAAGAGUCAAAAGAGUUUCCAGCAGUUUGACCCCCUGGAUAUAUUGUCCUUGGGCAGCAGUGAGCGCAGUGGACUACCUGGUCUGAAGCAUCCUCCUCAGUCCAUGAGACUAGUCGUACCCAGACAGAGGCUUCUUCUCUUGCAUGCCACUAACAAACAGUUGAAGGUGUUCAUCUACAACUGGUCCAACGACAAGCUGAGCUCCGUGGACAAGCUCUUCCAACGCCUGGUCAUGUGGCACAACACGAGGGCGCACUUCCUCGACUGCUUGGUCAGUCAGAAGAUGGGACUCUACCAUCACUGUCACUUUGGCUCCAAUCAGGGUGAUAACCCUUUCUCCCGUUCUUUGGAGCCCAUCGAGUCGCUCGUGAAGCAGCCCACCCUGCCCUCCAGGGACUUCUCCACCCGCUCCCUCCCUGCCACAUCGCGCCCCUCCCACCUGCGCAGGCUGCACCCUGCUCUGCCCCCGUUUGACCAGACGCUCCAGAACACCAGGAUCAAGCGCCCUCUCCAGGGCUCGCCGCACAAACUGCUCCACGAUCCGGUGUCGAGGAACGCGGCUCAGUUUGGAGAGAUGUGCAGGAACACACGCAAGGAACUGGAGGUGCAGAAGGACUUAGAGACCCUGUACAAGACAUGGGAGAUCCUUAAGAGAGGCCCUCGGUCGAGACAGCCGGUCUGUAAGAUCAGUGACUUGAUGCUGGACCUGCUCAAACAGCGGUCAAGGCUCGUCCACUACUGUGCCACGCCCCUCCUGCUUGACCCCCACUGGAGGGACCACAUGAAGUGCAACAUGAGGGGCGGGGCCCAGGAAGACCACCCGGACAAACCUACCAAUGAAGCUCCCUGGCACAAUGACCUCAAGAACAACAUGGUGUCCCAGUAUAAGGACUUCCUCAAGUGGCAAGGCUUCAUCAGUGUGCAUACUUCACCAACGCAUAGUCGACAAGUACCCAAGCUUCUGCAUAGUCGAGGUAGCUCUGAACAGCAGCACGCCAGACGUCUCAGCGGCCUGAAACGCCCCAGUGAGACCGGAGUAGAAGGUCACCUUCAGAUCACCUCGCCAGGGGGUGUCAUUCUUAUUGAGCUCUCCUUCAAGCACAUCUAUUUCUGUGUGAAGCUGUAUGCCUUUGAGAGCUCCAGACUACCAGCAGGAAAGACCAUCAACAAAGAGUUGGCGACCCUCUUCACCGACGACUGCGACAAGUACAAGGAUCUGAUCCACCUUCACUCGUCCGCCUACGACUUCCACCUGCGCACCAUCCAGUCCUACCUGUUCAAUCCCGACAUGGGAUUCCAGUCCCAUUAUCACGUCUCCAGCUUCCUGGGGAGUUUCAUGAAGUACUACUCGAUGCCCCCACACUUCAGACAGAACUACAUCAAGAAAGACACCAUCCAGUUCCUGAGCCUGAACACACCCGCCCCUCAGCUGUACGAGUACCUCGUCAACCACCCACCCCCCAGCUGGCGAAAGCUAGUCAUGGUCCACCCCUCCUCCACUGCCACGCCCGAAUGUGCGGGAGGACCACCCAGCGACAGACAGGAGCUGCACCACGCCCUGUGCCGCAUCCACGGCACCGUCCAUCCCCUCUUUCAGGAUCGCCAGAGCAACCGCUUCCCAGAUGACAUCAGCGUGGUGGUGGCGUGGGACGAGGCCGAGUACCGCUGCCAGACGAGGCCCAACUCACCGGCCGUGGGAGGAGCCACAGGGUCGCUGUCGUCGGGCGAGGGUAUGGCUGUUUACCACAAGAACAUGCUGCAGCUAGAGUUCUACGUCAUCGUGACCAAUCGCAAGGAUAUCUAUCCACAGAAGACCGUGAAGCCUGUAAGAACAGACGACCCCUUCCUGCCCAAAUCGGCGUUCCUCCAGCGCUGCAGGCUGGGGGAGACGGAGGCCUUUGCGGAGCGGGAGCGCAUCUUGGCCAUGCUGACCAGUGCUGAUAUCAACUGCAGGAGGGACUCUCUCUGGGACCAGCUCAUGAUGUGGGACAUGGAAGACAUGGACGCCGUGGCAACCACCUCCACCAAGAAGGGCAAGAAGAGGGACAGUGCAGAGGAGGACGAUUCACAGACCGCCAUGUCCUAUCCAGAGUUCAAGGUCCUCCUAGGGUGCGUCCACCACACCCCUCUCACCAACCUGGACCCCUCCCUCAAGCCCCUCCUCACCAACAGCCCGAGCUGGUACACGGAGCUGUUCCGCGCCCUGAGGGCCAGUCGUUACCCCAUCAUCACCCGGUACGUCACCAGUGAGGAUGGCAGGGUCAAGCAUCUGGUGCUCCUCCUGGCAGACUCUUGUAACCAGGUGGUUCUUUUCACCAUCGACGAGAACACAGCGGAGUUGGAGAUGAUCAGCAAGGAACGUCCCGCCAUGGUACCCGACAGUGACGGCAACAUGACGAUCAUCUUGGACAUUGAGAUUCAGAAGUGCAUUGAGAACAUCAUCAACGCCAUUGGCUUUCAUCUGUGGACAACAGUCUUCUGAGUGAGUUGAUGAUGGUGAUGGCAACAUGACGAUCAUCUUGGACAUUGAGAACAUUAUCAACGCCAUUGGCUUUCAUCUUUGGAUAAUGGUCUUCUGAGGAGCAAGUUGUACCAGAUGAUGAUGGCCACUUGACGAUCAUCUUGGACAUUGAGACUCAGAAGUACAUUGAGAACAUCAUCAAUGCCAUUGGCAUCAGUUUCAUCUUUGGACAACAGUCUUCUGAGUGAGUCUGUUCUUGGGCAUUGAGUGUCAGAAGCAUAUAGAGGACAUUAUCAAUGGCAACAGGACGAUAAUCUUGGACAUUGAGAACAUCAUCAAUGCCAUUGGCUUUAGUUUCAUCUUUGGACAACAGUCUUCUGAGUGAGUCGGUUCUUGGGCAUUGAGCGUCAGAAGCAUAAUAGAGGCUAUUAUCAGCAACAUCCGUCGCUGGAAGAGACCUUGUCCAUCAUCCGUGGACAACUUCCUUCUGAGCUGGAUGGAUGCUGAACACCAAGGCUUUGAAGCAUACAGAGAAUGUCAUCGGUGGGUUCAACCUCUGGACAAAAGAGUUAGGUGGCAAUAGGACAAUCAUCCUCUCUGCCGAGACUCGGAAACUACCAAAGAACAUCUUCACUGUCUUGUGAGGUAUUGUCAGAUUGCUACACGACAAUCACCUUUGGACAAAGAGUCUCAGGAGCUCAGAGAGCAUCGUCAGUGCAAUAUUUUGUUUUCUUCUCUGGAUAAAAUUCUUCUGAGUAAGUCAAGAGGCCUGAUACUGGGUCCAGAGGCAUAAAGAGGGUGUAACCAAGACCCUGUUCUGUUUCAUGUGGUAAUGCAUUUCUAAUGCUCCUAUCAAGGACUUUCAGUAUAUCCUUGCACAUUAACAAAUAGUCGUAGCCAGGGCGCAUUGGUGUAUUAAAGGGCAGUUAUUUUCUUGCCAAAGGGAAGCAAGGGCCUAGCCCGACAAAUUAUUGAAUUUGAUCAAGCCUAUGAGAACAUUUGCCUCUAAGGUUCCUUUUCUUCCCUCUUUAUUGU